AACGCAAAGAAACGUCAAAUACUUACUUGAACGAGAACGUUGCAAUAAAUUUCGCAUUAUAUUCUCAAUCUUUUUUAACUAUUGAACCAUAUGCUUGCCUGCAAUUUAAAGUGACAAAAAAUAGGCUUUUCAAAACAACUGGCUUUCAGUUCAUGGUCAAUACAAUAAAGUCAGUGACUAUUACUAUGAUAAAAGAAAAUAAUAGCAAAUGUUGAUCUCUCAUAAGAAUUAUUUGUUGUCAACUACGAUCUCUUGAACUGAAGUAUGCAUCUAGAGCAGACAGAUAAUAUGAAUUAAUUUAUGAUUGUUUCCGUCUACGGUGUUUUCUCUUUAGGUCACUGCUUGUUGAAUGUAUAAAAAUGACUCAUUUUCAUAAUUGUUCUAACAUUCACAUUAGUCUAGCAUGCCAAGAAACGUUUGUAAUAAUAAAAUUCGACUCGCAACUUAUGAUCAAUCGUCUCCAUUAUUAGUACGAAAUAUUGUUCACUGAUUGCGAAAGAGUAAUCUACUAAAAACAAAUAUUUUUCUUUUCAUGCGAUGGUGGUUCUCUCUGAAAAAAAUUUGUUGUGAUGACAUAAAGAUGUGUAAGAGAAAUUUAAUUAGCAUAUUGUGUUUUCUUUUUGUGCUUUUUCAUGAUUUUUUACUUCUCUUUUAAAUGUAACUUUGUUAGGUUGCAUCGCUGUUGACAAAGCAGCUCAGCAUAUAAAAAAUAAUAGUCAUUACUAAUAAAAAUAUUUUCAAUAUAGCGAAUGAUGCUUGAAUAAAAGCACAUACACAGUCUACUCGCAGUGCAGUAAGUUUUAACGAUAAAGAUUGUUGCAACAAAUGUUAGCAGCACAGUGUGAGUGCGUCUGUCUAUAGCAUUGACACAAUUGACCAUUUUUGUGUUAGAAAUCAUAGACGUUUGUAGGGAAUGACAGAUAUAGAACUGAUCUGAAAUUCUUACCGGUGCCGGACCAGCUAGUGAGCGAUAUUGAUUCCAUGUCAAGGGAAAGAAUACGCAAAAUAGUCCCCCUUAACUAAGAAGUCCUAGAUUAGUGGGAGAUGAUCCCUGUGCUGGUUUUUCUAUGGAACUUUGAGCCCAUCAUGACAAAAUUCUAAAAGAUGGGUUUUUGUAGCUAUGUGAAGCUUAACCACUCACCCUCUUGAGAGUGUGGGUGUUGAUGUUCUGGACACCCACAUCCACACCCCAAAUUUUCUGUUGCUCUUUGAGUUAAUCUCGUUGAAAGUUUUGGAAAUAUCUUGGACUUUGUGGAUCCACUAUGAGGUAUUUUAGUAUUCACCAUAGUCCGCUACGAUGAAGACAAGUUGCAUUCGCAUUUUUAGUAUUCUGCUUUUUUUUGGCUUUUUGAUGUGUAAUUUCUCGUUAGAAACUAAACAAUUAUUAUUUCACCGGACCCAUUUUCUUCUGAUAUACGUGCUCUAGCUUUGGAAUAACAUUUUAAAAGCUACUAUAAUAGAUUUAUUUUUUUAUAAUAUGUGAUGGUGAAACUUUAUUAAUAGACAUUAAUUAAACUGAAAUUAGUGCUUUUUCUGCAAUCUACCAAUCAAUACAAAGAUAAAAAUUUUAAAAUAGUUUUCGGUAUUUAUAGAGAGAAGUAUUUCGACGAAGUGAUAUUGCUUUAAACAAAACAAUGCUAAGAUUUCUGAAGGUACUCUCAAUGACAGUGUAAGUAACUUCUUAAUCAUACAAUAAUAAUUCAAUUUGCAUUCUUCUCUAGAUUCAUUGCCACUGCCGUUAAAGGUAAAAGAGACAGAUUUAGAGCAGUUUGAUUAAUUCGAGUCUAACGAAAACUAUAAUACCUAAUUUUUUGUCGUUGCUUUUCUAAGAUAACAUUGAUUCAGUAUUUUUGCCCGCAAUGGGCUUGUGUAGAUACUUUAAGAUAAAUUUUAUUUUCAUAUAAAUAUUGUUUUAGGUCAAAAUUUGACUGAUUUUGGUACUACAAGCUGUGGAUGCUGUCCAUCCCCAAGUUGCCAAAAAAAAUCCGUUCCAUGUUCAAUAAACAGUGAUUGCGAGUGCUUAUUCAUGACAAUAACUGCUGGUGGAAUGUGUGCUGAUACUAUCAUAUCAUGUCAAAAUUUGACAUCCUGCGAAAAUGAUAAUAUGACAUGUUCGGUACCGAACACUAUAUGUGUUAAUAACACCCGAUGUGCGAGACCAGUUUGUUUUCCAGUUCAACGUGCGUCGUUUCAAAUAUGCCCUCCAUUGAAUGCGAUAAUUUCUAAUACUACUGCAACUCCGGUGAAUACAACAAUACCGGUAAGAAAUUCGACCAUUAAAGGUAUAACAGCAACAGCAACAGCUACAGUAACAACAACAACAACAGCAACAACUGUAUCAACAGUUAAGAUAACAACAACAACAACUGUAUCAACAGUUAAGAUAACAACAGCAACAACUGUAUCAACAGUUAAGAUAACAACAACAACAACAACGGUAUCAACAGUUAAGAUAACAACAACAACAGCAACAACAACACCAACGCCAAAUAUACUGGGUAAAUGA